AUGGGGGCACUACAGAGAAUGAUCAGAGAAAUGAUAGAGCCGGAGGCCAGGAGAGGAGAAAGGCCUACCUACAGAAAGCCGUACCCGGCUUACAUAGACCAGAUUCCUUUACCUGCAGGUUUCAAAGUACCAAACUUCACCUUAUUUAACGGAGAAGAUCCUCAUGCUUCGUCGGUUGAGCACAUAGGCAGAUUUUCUGUCCAGUGCAUAGCUAUAGAGAAUAAUCCUCUGUUAAAGCUAAGGCUUUUUGGGAAUUCUCUCUCCGAACAGGCUUUCACCUGGUAUACCAGUUUGCCAGCCAAUUCUGUUCAAACCUGGGAGCAAAUGGAAAACAUUUGUCAUGACUAUUAUUUCAGGAUCCAGCCAGAAGUCACCAUCAGUGAUCUUGCAGCUCUUAAGCAAAGCGAAGACGAACCCGCCCAGGAUUUCAUAACCAGAUUCAGGAAGCUCAAGAUGAAGUGCCGAAUUCCCAUGGAAGAAAGACAUUUCAUUCAGAUGGCUCAGACCUCCCUCAAAAUUUCAUUAAGAAAAAGAUUUGACGGGAUGCUGUUCGGAGAUCUGGCAGAACUGGCAGACAAAGCAUCCAAAUAUGAAGAACUGCUAAGGGAGGAACAACAGAAGAGGAACUCUUCCAAAGGUACAUACUACAAGUCCCCUUCUUCUUCAAUCCAUUUGAUUGAGGUAGAGUCAGAAGAGGACACGGAAGNNNNAAACAAACCAACACAGAACAAGGUUUACUCUUUCGAUCUAACCAAGGUCGAUGCUCUGUUCGAUGAAAUGUUGGCACAAAAGGCAAUAGAGACGCCUCACAAGCUGCCCAAACCAGAGGAGCUUAAGGGCAGGCAGUAUUGCAGAUGGCACAAUUCUUGGAACCACUCCACCAACAGUUGUGUCGUUUUCAGAGAUGUCAUACAAGAAGGAAUAACUGCAGGGAGAUUGAAACUAGCAAAAAAACCACCCUCAGUUACGACAGAUCCUUUUCCCCAGCCCCAAGUUAACAUGGUCAAUCUAAAUUGGCCAGAAUGA